AAACCCGAACCCGCGGCCAGGGCUUCAAAGUCCUUCGUCCUACAAGAUGCUUGGCAUCGAGCGACCGAAUCUUACGCUCAAGGUCGAGCAGACGGAGUCGACCUUUGCUGAAGGGAGUGCGCGAUGGACGAACAAAGACCUGGAUCCCGUUCCAAGGCACAAUCGAAAGUGGGGUGUAACGAGCUUCCUCGCCUACUGGAUAUCUGAUGCCUUCAAUGCCGCGACAUGGCAGUUCGCCUCGAGCAUCAUCGCAAUCGGCCUCACGUGGCGAGAAUCUCUCGGCAUAGUCGCCCUGGCUUUCUUCAUCAUCUCCUUCGUAAUCGCACUCAACGGCGCAAUCGGCGUCAUCCACCACGCGCCAUUUCCAGUCCUCGCUCGAGCAUCAUGGGGCUUCUGGGGUUCAUACAUCGCCAUUGUAUCGCGCGCCGUUCUCGCCGUCUUCUGGUUCGCCAUUCAGAACAUGAACGGAGCCAACUCUGUCAAAUGCAUGAUCGCAGCAAUUUGGCCCUCCUUCUUGACGCUGCAUAAUGGCAUUCCAGAGUCUCAGGGCAUUGAGACGAACACGAUGAUCAGCUUCUUCAUCUUUUGGCUCAUUUCGCUGCCCUUUUUGUGUAUUCAUCCGAAUAACCUUAGGUGGUUGUUUAUGGCUAAGUCGAUCAUUGUGCCCAUUGCGUGGAUUGCAAUUCUGAUCUGGGCGUUUGUAUCGACGGAUGGUGGGGCGAUGUGGAACCAGAAGCCAACCUUGUCUGGGUCGGCGUACUCGUGGGCUUUCUUGUCGAGCUUGACAAGCGUCAUUGGAAACUAUGCUACCUUGUCGGUCAACCAGGCUGACUUCUCUCGCUACUCCCGCGUUAGCGUAAAAUGGCAAAUUAUCUAUGUCCCCUUCCUGCCGCUCGUCUUCACCUUCAUCGCCUUCAUCGGCAUCGCUGCCUCCUCCGCCGGCGCCGUCAAAUACGGCGAACUAAACUGGGACCCGAUCGCCCUGAUCUCGCACUGGGACAGCCGCGCAUGCCGCUUCUUCGGCGCAUUCAGCUUCGCCCUCGCCGCGCUCGGUGUCAAUAUCUCCGCAAACUCGCUGUCCGCUGCGAACGACCUGACGGCGCUGUUUCCGCGCUUCGUUAAUAUCAGGAGAGGCCAGCUUAUUUGCGCGGUUGUUGCGUGGGCGCUGGUGCCGUGGAAGAUUCUCAAGAGUGCGGGCAGCUUUUUGAAUUUUAUGUCUGCGUAUGCGGUUUUCCUGGGGCCUAUUGCGGCGAUCAUGGUGUUUGAUUUCUGGCUCGUUCAUGGGCGGAAGUACGACACUCUAGCGCUGUACCAGCCCCAUAGCAUCUACCGCUACACCCAUGGCUGGAACUGGCGAGCCCUCGUAGCUUUCUUUGUUGGUGUGGCCCCUAAUCUACCGGGCUUCAUCAGUAGCAUCAACACCAGCAUCGAUGUCGGAACAGGAGCGAGGCCGUAUCACUUCGGAUGGUUCCUUGGCUUCGUGGCCACGAGCAUCGUGUACAUCGUGCUUAGCAUGUUCGUUGCGCCGCCGAGAGAAACGUUCAUCGAGAAAGCAGUCCUGCCGGACGAGAUCUACGACCAGCAUGGCGUUGUUGACGAAGGCCUUUCGCUGGGUGGAAGUGGCAGUGGAGAGGAAGGUGUCACGAGAGAGAAGGCCGGCUGGAAGGCAAGGCUGACGAAGAUACUGUAG